CAGUGAAUAUCUGAUUUCCGCGCCGAGUCCUCGUCAGCUCCUUGCUUGUCAUUGUCAAUUGUGUCUCUUUAAUCUGUAUAAACCCCCAAAAUUUCUUCCCUCCGCAUUUCUUAGGGUUUUUUUUUUUCUAUCGCCCUCAAUACUAGAUUGUUGGCAUGGCCGGAAUCAGGUUGCCGCUGGAAGAUGCAGACGUGUCGCAUGCGACGCGGCAGGUGGCCGCCGUAGAUCUGAUCUCCGACGACGAUCGGUCCGUGGCGGCAGACUCCUGGUCCAUCAAGAGCGAGUACGGCAGUACUCUCGAUGACGAUCAGCGCCACGCUGAUGCCACCGAAGCCCUCUCCGUUGCCGCGUAUCGUGCCCCCUCCGAAUACAGUUCUGACAAGGAGGAGCCAGAUGCUGAAACGGUUUCAUCAUUGUUGGGUUUUCAGAGUUAUUGGGAUGCCACAUAUGCAGAUGAGUUGGCAAAUUUUCGGGAGCAUGGUCAUGCUGGUGAAGUUUGGUUUGGAGCUGAUGUGAUGGAAAUUGUUGCUUCUUGGACCAAAAACUUAUGCAUUGGAAUAUCUCAGAGUCACUUGCCAAAUCAUGUAGAUAAUGCAAAUAAUUUGUCUGCUGGAGAGCCUGAAAAGGAGUUGUCCAACUGGAGUGUGCUGGAUGUUGGGACUGGUAAUGGUUUGCUUCUUCAGGAGUUUGCUAAGCAGGGGUUCUCUGAUCUCACUGGAACGGAUUAUAGUGAAGGAGCAAUAGAUCUAGCUCGAAGCCUGGCCGAUCGUGCUGAAUUCACCAAUAUUAAGUUCUCAGUUGAUGACAUUCUGGAUACCAAAUUAGAUAAGAAGUUUAAGCUUGUUAUAGAUAAGGGUACUCUGGAUGCCAUUGGAUUGCAUCCUGAUGGUCCUCUCAAAAGGUCAAUGUAUUGGGACUCCAUCUCCAGUCUUGUGGCUUCUGGUGGAUUAUUGGUUAUUACGUCAUGCAACAGUAUGAAAGAUGAGCUGAUACAGGAGGUGGAGGCUUUCAAUCACAGGAGUGGUGCGUCUCCGGAAUCUGACACUGCUGUUGACCAAGCAUUCCAAUACGUUGACCAUGUUCAGUCAUAUCCAACAUUUACAUUUGGAGGAUCAGCUGGUUCACGUGUUGCCACUGUGGCAUUUCUAAGAAACUAAAAUCCCAACUCAUUUCGGCGUGUUUUUACUAGUCUAUUAUGUGGAGACCUACUAGCACUACUCAUUUUUUGAAAUGACGACAUGGUCCUGGGGUGUAUAGACUCGUUUUGGGCUACUAAUGCAACGGUAGAAGGGAAAAGUGGUGUGGAUUGUGGUUUUUGCUCAUUCAAAUGACAUACUCAUUUCCUGAUUUCUUUAUCCCAUUCCCCUUUCUUUAGAUUUGAUAAAUGAUUAGCUGUUCAUGCUUCCAAAUUCGCCCUGUUACGAGCAUUUUGAAUUUGAUUUUUAUUUUGGAAUGCUUCCUCAGGUGAAUGACAUAUCACCAAGGUGUACACGAAUUUGAUUUGAUUUAGCUUAGCCAGUCAGUACAAUAUAACAUGUAUAAUGCAAAUUCUUCAUAUUUUCACAAGGUGCAAGGUGGUCUUCGUGAUAUAUUUAUGUAUAAUACAAAUUCUUCAGGUGCAAGGAAUCAGGUUGGUUACCAGCCAGGAAUCUGUUGUUACAUCUGAAUUAUAAGAUCCUUCGUAUGUACCGAGGAAACAGGUUGGUGCCAGGGAACGUGCUCGUCCCUUCACGUAAGGUGCAAGGAAUCAGUUGGUGUUUACAGGCAAGAAUUUAUUGUUGCGUCUGAAUUAUAAAAUUCAAGAAAAAGUGAAUCCAUUGGUUGGAAUGGGUAGACGUUUUGUUUUUCUGCGUUUCUUUUCCUUGUAUUUCUAGUUUCUACGCCUGCCCCAUAUUUAACUCUUGAUUGACCAUUGAAACAGUCAAACUUUUGUCUA